AUGGCGAAAGGUACAGCCUCUGGCGAGUUUGUGCUUGUUUCACAGGUUCGCACUGGCUGUAAAAGGGAGUUGCAAUUUGUAUUGAAAUCCCAGUCUGAGAUCUGUGGAGGCGAGUCUCUAGGUCGGACCCGGGCCAGCAAAAGCUUGAAUGCUGACUCGAACGCUAAGAAACCCAGAAGCCGUUCUGCUUUGAAGCCUGUGGUUAAGAAGAUGCGUCUCACUAAAGAUGAGGAGGAAGCUGUUAUAAUGUCAGUUUCUGCUUUAGAAGAAGAUGAAUCUGCUUUGGUUGAUAUCGAGGAAGCAAAGGGGUUUACUAGUGGCUCGGCUGUGAGUGAAGACGAGCGAGAGAAUGGCAAGGGUCUGGAGACUCAGAAUGUGGUGAUGAAUGAGGAUCACUCUAGGGAGCAACCUGACAAGGAAAAUUCCCGAGAAAUAGUUGUAGCUUGUCCUGCGAAUCUUGCUGAGUUAGCAAAACUGGCUUCCAGAUCAUCCCAUGUUAAGUCGGAAAGGGAUUUGGGCAAUUAUAAACCCUGUAGAAGGUUGACCAGGUCUAUGUUGAAGCCUGAGGGUAACAAAUCCGAGGCUAAUGGUGAUGCAGAUCAUAUAAUUCCAGAAAGCCAAGACUAUUGUGUUCAUGAGCAAAAUAGUGCGGAUCCAUGCGCUGGAUCAUCACAGAUGAGUGGUCGUGUUCACAAGAAGGAAGUGAGCGAUACAGCAGCAGAUAAGCCUCUAAGGAGGUUAACGAGGUCGUUAGUCAAACAAGAAAGCGAUUCAGACAAUCUUAAUUUGGAAAAUAAUACCAAACCAGCAGACUCGGUCAAGGUAGAUGUGCAUGUCAAUGAUGUCGAAAUGGAUGAUGUUCAAAGACCUUCAGUUACAACCUACCCCAUGCGUGGAAGGCCCAAGAAAUUCUUAAGAAAUUUCCCAGCAAAGCUGAAAGAAAUUUUUGAUUCUAGAAUACUUGAGGGACUAACUGUGUAUUAUAUUCGAGCUGCAAAGAUGAGAGAGGCAGGGACUAGAGGGCUUAAAGGAGUAAUAAAAGGAUCAGGCGUUUUGUGCUUUUGUUGUGCCUGCAAAGGAACUCAAGUGGUGAGCCCUGCCGUGUACGAGCAGCACGCUUCUAGCACAAACAAGCGUCCACCGGAAUAUAUCUUACUGGAGUCUGGGUUCACACUUCGUGAUGUCAUGAAUGCAUGCAGGGAAACUCCCUUGCCUAAACUGCAAGAAAAACUUCUCCUGGUAGUUGGACCAGCACUAAAGAAAUCUAGCCUGUGUUUCAAUUGCCAAGGUCCAAUGGUUGAGGCUUGUGAUUCAAAUGCAUUAGUUUUGUGCAAACCAUGUUUAGAGAUAAAGGAACCAAAACUCCAUACCAGUCCUUCUAUAGCAAAUGAUGCUCUCCAGGGAUCGUCUAAGCCAGGUGUGGUUCCAAACACUAUCCUUAGUAGGUCAAUAUCCAGUCCUGGCCGAAGUAGCAGGCGAGAACAACCAACCAGAAAGUCACCUGAGCCAGGUGUGGUUCCAGGAGCUAUUCGGAGCGAGUCAAAAUCCAGCUCAAUUAAAAGCAACCAAGGGAAACUAACCAGAAAGGAUCUGCGGUUGCACAAACUUGUUUUUGAGGAUGAUAUACUGCCAGAUGGAACCGAAGUGGGUUAUUUUGUUGCUGGAAAGAAAAUGCUUGUAGGCUAUAAGAAGGGAUUUGGGAUACAUUGUUCUUGCUGCAACAAAGUGGUCAGUCCAUCAUCGUUUGAGGCCCAUGCUGGCUGUGCAAGUCGUCGGAAGCCGUUUCAGCACAUUUAUACAACCAAUGGGGUAUCUCUCCAUGAACUAUCAGUAGCACUAUCAAUGGACCAGAGGUUUUCUAUCCAAGAAAAUGAUGACCUUUGCAGUAUCUGUAAGGAUGGGGGUGACCUCUUGUGCUGUGAUACCUGCCCAAGAUCAUAUCAUAUAGAAUGUGCUUCUCUACCAAGCCCUCCGAGUGAGAGGUGGUCCUGCAAAUACUGUGUGAAUAUGGUUGAGAGAGAGAAGUUUGUGGAUAGUAAUCUCAACGCCAUUGCAGCUGGGAGAGUUCAUGGAGUCGAUGCAAUUGAUCAGAUAACCAAAAGAUGCAUUCGAAUUGUCAGCUCCCUUGCAAGUGAGCUCCCAAGUGUAUGCGUAUUAUGCAGAGGUCAUAGUUUCAGCAGGAUGGGCUUUAAUUCUCGCACUGUGAUUAUCUGUGACCAGUGUGAAAAGGAAUUCCAUGUUGGCUGUUUGAAAGAACAUAACAUUGCUGAUCUCAAGGAGCUACCUGAAGAACAAUGGUUCUGUUCCCUUGAUUGCAAAAUGAUCAAUACUUCGUUGGGCAGUCUGAUAGUUCAUGGAGAAGAGAAACUUAGUAGCAACCUUCUUCUGAAUUUUUUAAAGAAGAAGCAAAACCCUGAUGAAGAAAGCUGUCCAGUUGACAACACCACUCCAGACAUAAGAUGGAGGGUCCUUAGUGGGAAGUUGGCCUCUUCGGAAGAUACCAAAAUUCUACUUACAAAGGCAGUUUCUAUCCUUCAUGAGCGGUUUGAUCCUAUCAGUGAAUCUGGAACUAGGGGAGAUCUCAUACCAGCCAUGGUGUACGGGAGGCAAGCAAAGGGCCAAGAUUUCAGUGGCAUGUACUGCACUAUGUUGACUGUGGAUGAAGUGAUUGUUUCAGUGGGAAUCUUUAGGAUCUUUGGGUCAGAACUUGCGGAACUCCCUCUGGUUGCUACCAGCAAAGAUUGUCAAGGGAAGGGUUACUUUCAAUGCCUAUUUGCUUGCAUCCAGAGGCUACUCGGGUUCCUUAACGUGAAACAUCUCGUGCUACCAGCAGCAGAUGAGGCGAAAUCCAUAUGGACCGACAAAUUUGGAUUUACCAAGAUGACCCAAGAGGAGGUGAAUGAUUACAGAAAAGACUUCUCGGUGAUGAUCUUUCAUGGAACAUCUAUGUUGAGAAAAACAGUACCUGCACCAAGAGCCGCGAGCAAACAGGAGGACAGUAUGGAGCAGUAA